AUUUUCCUCUGGUUCUGUUGAGGAACCUCCGUCAUCCUGUCUACCUGUUGGUGGUGUUGGCUCAGGUCAAUCUCUCUGCCAUGGUUGCUGGUUUAGCAACAUUCAUGGGGAAGUUCCUGGAGAGACAGUUCUCCCUCACGGCGUCCUUGGCCAACAUGAUCAUCGGUGCUGUGAACAUCCCUGGAGCGAUGGUUGGGAUCGUGGUGGGUGGUGCCAUCUUGAAGAGGUUCCAGAUGUCCUUGAGGCAAUGCAGUGCCAUGUGCAUCCUCGGCAUGUUCCUCUGCCUGCUCAUGGCUUUCCCCCUCCUCUUCAUCGGCUGCCCCACGCAGAAGGUCGCAGGAGUUACCUACAGCGAGAGCUCUGAAUUUGGACACCACACCUUGGAGUGUAACCUCCACUGUAACUGCCCUGAGAAAGCCUAUAACCCCAUCUGUGGCUCUAAUGGUGUUGAAUACAUCUCACCCUGUUCCGCUGGCUGCAGAGUUGUAAAUAUCAAUGAGGACAACAACUCAGUCCUGAACUACACCAACUGCAGCUGCAUCUCUGAAAAUGGGCUCUCAGGGUUUGCCAAGCCUGGGACCUGUGGCACCGGCUGCUCCCACCUCUUCUUGCCCUUUGUGGUCCUGUCCUGCCUGGCAGGGAUCCUCGCCAGCACAUCCCACACACCGUCCUUCAUGCUCAUCCUCAGGAGCAUCCAGCCUGAAGAUAAAUCGUUUGCAGUUGGGAUACAAUUCAUGCUGCUGAGAGUUUUAGCGUGGAUGCCAGGGCCCGUUCUGUACGGCAGCGCCAUCGACACGACCUGCAUCCUCUGGGAGAAGAAGUGUGACAGGAAGGCAGCCUGCAGAUACUACGACAAUAACCUCUUCAGGCAAAGGUAUCUUGGUCUCCAGUUUUUCUUUGAGGUGGGAGCUUUCCUGUGCUUCGUGACUGUGUAUGUGAUUCUCAGACGGCAGGAGAAGGAAGCCAGCAAGGCAGAAGAGACAAAGGCAGACCCAGAGAAGGAGAAACUGGCAGGGAACUCCAUAAAGAGCCCAGAAUCCAAAGUGUGAUGCCAAAAAAAAAUGUGAAUUGCAAUCCCUGUCCAUGGAGAUGAAGUCAUGUGAAUCAC